UGUUGUAGGAGGAAGUGCAUAGGAGAUAUUCCAGUUCAGUACGUUACGAAAAAAAGGGAGGAAUUUUGGUCGAAGACCAUCCAAGAGAGAAACGAAGUUAUAACUACGCCAUUGCCAGCAGAAGUGAUGGCCGUCUACGGUUGAAUGACGUCUUAGAAACCGUUUUUUCAAAGGCAUGGUGUACCAUCCACGGGUUCUCCAUUUCAAGGUAAGCAAUUUACAAUUCAUUUUCGUUAAGUAUAUCAUUGGCGGUGUUGUUAUUUGCAAACUUUGGGGUGAAUAGGACAAUGUAUUACUAUUAGCCUCAGUGGAACUUUAGACAGCCUUUUUAGCUCACUAAUCCUUACACUCUCUUGGGCAUGUUUCCUUUGAGAUUAUAUUUAUAAUAAAAACAUUAAUCAGCUGACUUAUCGAUGGUUUUGCAUUUCUUUCAGUUAAAAUGAGCGAUUGAAAAAAGGGAGCCAGUGUACUCAGCCUGAAACACAGCAGAGUAGAAAGAAAUCUCUGGCCUUCAACCUGACUUUAAAGUGGUUCAGAGGAUUCUCAAAAAAUGCGGAACAAAUGCCAAACUCCUCCUCAAGGCAAUUACCGUCCUGCCUGACGAAAAAUGAAGGGUAUACAUUGUACAAGGAGGAAAUGGGGGACAACCCCACACUUUCACUCGUGCACCUCUUAUACAAAAUGUGGAAAGUGAACUUUCCAGAUGUUUAUAUACCAAAGGUAGGAAUAAUUGUCGAUGAUCAAAGCGACUGAAAUGGCAGUCACUCUUACAGUCCUGUAGUCUUAUUAAGAAUAAAACAAUUUGAAAAAUUGUUUGCUUUCUCCGCUUUGCAGCAAAGUCGGUUUACAAAGUGCACAAUUUGUGAACAGUUAAAAGCAUAA